AUGGUCCUGCGCCGGCUGCUGCUCGCCCUGCUGAACGACCACCGGCUCCUGGAGCGGCUGGCCGAGGCGAGGCCUAUCCGGGCGGCGGCGCGCCUCACGGCCGCGGCCCUGACGCGCGGACUGCGCCUGCGCGACACUUUCCUGCGCGAGCUGAAGGAGGAGGCCAAGGCCAGCGGCUGGUCCAAUGAGGGUCGCGGAAAGGACAAGGGGCGGGAUCCCUGA